AUGCUAGAGGAUAUGAAUAAUCAAAGUGAUGCAUUGAUGUAUUUAACACGUGCAUUUGAAAUGUAUGAUAAGGCAUUAGCCGAGACGGAACUGAAUGAAANAAUUGCAUUUUCUAGUAUUGGCAUUGAAAAGGUUGGUGUUAAACAUUUUCAGCGUGUGCUUAUCAUGAAAAGAAAAUGUCUUCCACGUGAUCAUCCUGAUUUCGCCACCAUAUAUAAUAGUAUGGCUCUCAAUUACUGUAAUUUGAAAAAACAUUUGUUGGUAUUGAGAUAUUCAUUCAAAGCGCGUCGUCUUCUCAAACGAAUUAAAGUAUUGAAUUAUCCAGAUAUGGCUGGAAAUCUGAAGAGUUUUAGCGAUGGUCUAUUCAAAUAUCGGUUGUUAUCGAAGAGCGAUGCAUUGUCUUCGUCGAGCAGAGAAGUUAAUAAAGCGAUUAACAUCGAAUGA